AUGUCUCUUCUGCGCUCAGCGUUGAGCGUAUACGCCAUCCCUCCAGAGCUCCUCGCCGCCCUCACAGUCCGCUCUAUCCAGGCCCAGGAUGAACAAACAGCAGAAGUCACGGCCACCAUUGAGCCAGUGCCAGCAGACCCCAUUCCAGCCUCGUCUUCUGGCCUCGGGUGCCAGGCAUGUCCCGGCGCAUCCUUUGAGACACCAGAAGACCAGCGUGCCCACUUCAAGUCGGACUGGCACCGAUACAACGCAAAGGCCAGGUUGCAAGGCAAGCCGGUCACCGCUGACGAGUGGGAGGGCAUGGUCGAGGGCGUCUCCAGUAUCUCUGGCUCAGCAUCAUCGAGCUCGUCGGGCGAGUCGUCGCGCUCCCGCAUCACCCGUCUACUUGCCAAGGCCAAGGUGAACGACACAAAUGCCAACGCCAAUGCCAACGACGAGAUCGACUCGGACGAGGAGGCCGAGCUCGCCGACUUGCGCAGGCGUGCCCAGCUCCGCACUGCGGUUAUCUGGUUCACUGCCCCCAACGCCCCCGCUUCUCUUGGCCUCCCAGCCAACACCCAGUUCGGUGUCAUCCGCGCCCUCUUCCGCACCUUGGAUACUGCAGGCGACUACCUUGGCGAACUGAGGCGACUCCAGCUGGGCCCACCCGUCCCAGAAGAGGAGGAGCGACGCAUCACGCUUCUCAUGGUCGCUGGCGGUCACUUUGCCGGCAUGGUCGUGAGCUUGCGCCCUCGCGGUCCGCGCGACAGGCAGGAUGUCAAGGGUGCCGGCGAGGUCAAGAUCCUCAAGCACAAGACGUUCCACCGUUACACUACUCGUCGCAAGCAAGGUGGUUCGCAGGCCUUGAACGACAAUGCAAAGUCCAAGGCCGUGUCGGCCGGUGCCAUGCUGCGUCGCUACGGCGAGCAGGCGCUGAUGGAGGAGAUCCGCGCCCUCAUGGCCGAGUGGGAGGAGGACCUGAACAUGUCCGAGCGCAUCUUCCUGCGUGCAAGCACGCACGGCAAGAAGAGCUUUUGGGGUUAUGAUGGCGCCGUGUUGGAGAAGAAUGACGAACGCGUCGUCUCCUUUCCCUUCCCUACUCGUCGGCCGACUCAGCAGGAGCUCCUCCGCUGCUGGCACGAACUCACUCGCGUCAAGGUGUCGCACCUGUCCGAAGAGGCGCUGCAGGCCCAGGACGACGCAUACAUUGCAUCCAUCCAGCCCAAAAAGCAGGCCAAGGCCGCACCCGUGGCCGCGCCUGCACCCGUGGCCGCUCCAGUGGUGCCCAAGCUCUCUCCCGAGGAAGAGGCCAAGCUCGACCGCCAACGUCGUCUGGCUGACAUGAUCAAAAAGGGCCGCCUCGACGCGCUCCGUCCCUUUGUCACCAAGUACAGCGACGAGGUCACCCCCGCUGCCCUCGGUACAGCUGCCGCGGCGGGCCAAGAGGACGUCGUGCGCUACUUCCUUACCGAGGUGCGCCUGGACCCGGCAGCCGACCUCGACGGCAAGCGCCCCUACGACCUCGCGUCCACCAAGGGUGUGCGCAACAUCUUCCGCCGUGUCGCCUUUGAUCACCCGGACUGGUGUGACUGGACCGCCGCGCACGUCCCCUCCGGCCUGUCCGAGGAGGCCGAGGCGGAGCAAGGCGCCAAAAAGGCCGAGCGCCGUCGUGGCCUGAGGGACAAGAUGAGGGAAAAGGAAAAGGCGCGUGACGCCGAGCGCGAAGCACAAGAGGCUGCAGACGCCGCCGCCGCCGCCGCUGCACCCAAGCCUGCGGCCAGUUUCCAAAACCUCGGCGUGCCGUCUGGUCCGCAAAAGCUCGGAGGACGUCCUGGCGGUUCCGAGGGCGGUCUUUCGGGCCUCAGUCCCGAGAUGAGGAUGCAGAUUGAGCGUGAGAGGCGUGCCAGGGCUGCCGAGGCGAGGUUCAAGUAG